GUUUACUGUCUUUGCUGUUACGAAAGAGUGAGAGACGUGUAGCUAGCUAGCAUGUUACCAGCAUGUCCUCCAUGUAUCAAAUACAUUACUAGGUUUACAAUUUAAUGCUAUGUCAGAAUUGUUAAACACAUUUUUCAAGCUUUGUACAGUAGCUAGUUAGAUGUAAAUACAUCGACAGUAACCUGGCAGUAAUAGGAGUUAAAACAAGGGGUUGAAAGAACGUUGCAUUUGCCCUUAAGUGGUAUUUCUCGCUACUAGGCAUUGGCAGCUAGCUACAUUUGGUCAACUUGCUAUCUACGAUAUAUUCUAUUCCUGGAAGAUAGAUAUCUCAAUGAUAUCCCAACUGAACUGGUAAGUGUAAACAGAAAACGUAUCAUCCCCAUGAGUUUGCAGGAUGGAGAGGGACUGGGUGGAUGGAGUAUCCUUUAGAGUAGACACACAUUACAGAAACCCAAAUAGUCAAAUAGUAAUUUUCAGCAUACAUUGUAGUCACAAACAUGGUUGGUAUUGUUUGUCUUCCAGUAUUGUUGGAGUGGUAAACCCUUAACUCAGAAUGCACUCUGAUCUGUCGCCUCACCUGCACACGGAUGAGUGCAACAUACUGAUAAACCUGCUGAAGCAGUGCCACACGGAGCACAAUGUCAAGAAGUUCUUUGGUCAUUGCAAUGAUAUGGACCGUGCCAUGAGAGCUUGUUUGAAGGACGAGCGAAUUGCAAAGAGGGAGAAAAGCAAACAACAUGCUAAAGAGAUGAGACAGAGGCUGAAAGACGGCCCUAAGGAAGACUUCUGAAUGGCAGUAGACUGAGCCGAUGCUCUAGGAAGGGCCACAGGAACUGGGUAUUGGAGGACUUGGGAUUUACUGGGGCCUACCAUGAGAAGCCUACCUUACUGCCUGGACAUCUGGCCACAAGAGGUCUCUCAUAAUGUCGGUUUCAGUAUGUGUGUUGAAUAGUGUUGGGUGGAUUGUCAUAGACAGUGGUGGAUGAUCAUUUCGCUACUCAGGGAUCAGAGUUUCGAGGACUGCUACCCAACCCCCUGCAAUCAUGGUUGAUUGCAUAUUUAAAGUACUUAACAAAAUAAUUGUUUUAAAUUGUCUGCGUUUCUGACUGGGGAAUGGCAAUGAUGAUUGAACACUGGAUUUCUAUUGAAUAAAGUGUAUCAAAACACAGAA